AUGACGUUUUCAAUAAAAUGCUCUAAAAAACAUGACAAGAAAAAAGAUUUGAAAUCCGCUGCCUCUUCAAGAUCCUCCUCAAGAUCCAAAAGCUCAGCACAAACACCAAAGAAGCCAAAGUAUGCAGGUGUACUUCCUACUCAACUACGAGCAAUCAUGGAAGCGGAAAAAAUGGCCAAAAACCAGAAAGGUUACGAUAAUUUUGAUAUUGAUGUGGAGGACUUGGAGAAGAGCGAGAAGAAGAAGUGA